CCAAGCCCCAGGAGGCGCGCACACCAGAGCAGCCACAGAGCCACCGACUGCAGCUAGCUCUGCCGACGGCGUCACAGCAUGUACACCAGCAGAAUGGAGGUUCCCAGGAGGGGGCGAUCCUUCGACUCCAUGAACACCAGCUUCGGCGAGAAUCAGCUCAACAACGUGAUCCACAAGUCCAACUACACGAUGAAUGAUGACAACAAAGAGAAUGAAGACAACGCCUCUGAAAGGGGGAGAGCUGCCGUCAUUUUUUCUUUAAAAAACGAAGUUGGAGGGCUUGUGAAAGCCCUAAAGCUCUUUCAGGAAAAACAUGUGAACCUGGUGCACAUAGAAUCUCGAAAAUCCAGGAGACGAAAUUCAGAGUUUGAGAUCUUUGUAGAUUGUGACAGUAACAGGGAACAGCUUGAGGAGAUCUUCCAUCUCUUGAAAUCCCAUGCCAAUGUGGUAUCUGUGAACCAAACAGACAAUUUCCUCGUACAGGAAGAUGAUAUGGAAAAUAUCCCCUGGUUCCCUAAGAAGAUCUCGGAUUUGGAUAAAUGUGCAAACCGUGUUCUAAUGUAUGGUUCUGAUCUGGAUGCAGACCAUCCAGGUUUCAAAGACAAUGUUUAUCGGAAGAGACGGAAGUAUUUUGCAGACCUGGCUAUGAACUACAAACAUGGCGACCCAAUUCCAAAAGUUGAAUUCACCGAGGAGGAGAUCAGGACUUGGGGCACAGUAUUCCGAGAACUGCAUAAACUCUACCCAACCCAUGCUUGCAGAGAAUAUCUUAAAAACCUGCCUUUGCUAGCUAAGUACUGUGGGUACAGAGAAGACAACAUACCCCAGCUGGAAGAUGUGUCACGUUUUCUAAAAGAGCGCACUGGAUUUACUAUCCGCCCAGUUGCCGGAUACCUCUCGCCCAGAGAUUUCUUGGCAGGUUUAGCCUUCAGAGUAUUCCACUGCACUCAGUAUGUUCGACACAGUUCUGACCCGCUUUACACACCAGAACCUGAUACCUGCCAUGAGCUUUUGGGCCAUGUACCUCUUCUCGCUGAACCUAGUUUUGCCCAAUUCUCUCAGGAAAUUGGCUUGGCUUCCCUUGGGGCAUCUGAUGAAGCUGUUCAGAAGCUGGCAACUUGUUACUUCUUCACAGUAGAGUUUGGCUUAUGUAAGCAGGAAGGCCGGCUAAGAGCCUAUGGAGCCGGUUUACUCUCUUCUAUCAGUGAACUGAAGCAUGCACUGUCUGGAAAUGCCAGAGUCAAGCCCUUUGACCCCAGUGUCACCUGCAAGCAAGAAUGCAUGAUUACAACGUUCCAAGAAGUUUACUUUAUUUCUGAAAGCUUUGAAGAUGCAAAAGAAAAGAUGAGAGAGUUUGCAAAGACAAUCAGGCGCCCCUUUGGAGUGAAUUACAACCCGUAUACACAAAGCGUUCAGAUCCUGAAAGACACAAGGAGCAUUGCUACUGUGGUGAAUGAGCUACGCCACGAACUGGACAUUGUCAGUGAUGCCCUGACCAAGAUGGGCAAGCAGCUGGGAAUCUAACCUCUCCAGUGAUCAUCAACCACCCCACACUUGGCACCUAUGGAUUGGGUCCCAUUUUAGACAUUGAGAUACUCUUUGUGUGCUUUACCGCCCUGUGGUCUUCGGAUGA